GCAGAGGUGGCUCGUGUUUUUCAAUUCCCACUUCCAUUCGUGACGGAGGAAAGCAUUCAUUCAUCGUCAGGGCGAAGCAGAAAGGCCUCGCUCUCUCUCUCUCUAGAGAUUCUCUCUCUUGCUCCAUCAGAUCCAAUCUCCGUUGCUCUUAUCCCAGAUCUCCGAUUGGCCUCCACUCCCGUACGGGCCCUCGAUCUCGUUGCGUUUCUGCUUCUUCUGCCUCAGUUUCGAUCCGAUUUGAGCUAAAGCAAGCCGGUUCAAGCUGGAUUCAAUCAUGAACCCGUUCUCUUCCGGGACGCGUUUGAGGGAUAUGAUACGUGCUAUACGUGCCUGUAAAACUGCAGCAGAGGAACGUGCAGUUGUUAGAAAAGAAUGUGCCGCAAUACGUGCUGCUAUUAAUGAAAAUGAUCAAGAAUACAGACAUCGAAACUUGGCAAAGCUCAUGUUUAUCCACAUGCUUGGUUACCCCACACAUUUUGGUCAAAUGGAGUGUCUUAAGUUAAUUGCAUCUGCUGGAUUCCCAGAGAAGCGAAUAGGUUAUCUUGGACUGAUGUUGCUUCUUGAUGAGAGACAAGAAGUUCUUAUGUUGGUGACAAAUUCUCUGAAGCAAGAUCUCAACCACAACAACCAGUACAUUGUUGGACUUGCAUUAUGUGCUCUUGGAAAUAUAUGCUCAGCAGAAAUGGCUCGGGAUCUAGCUCCAGAAGUGGAGAGGUUAUUGCAAUUUCGAGAUCCCAACAUCCGGAAAAAAGCAGCAUUGUGCUCUAUCAGGAUAAUUAAGAAAGUCCCAGACCUUGCAGAAAAUUUUAUAAAUCCAACUGCCUCCUUGCUUAAGGAAAAACAUCAUGGAGUCUUAAUUACAGGCAUUCAACUAUGUACAGACCUCUGCAAACUUUGCCCUGAAGCACUUGAGUAUUUCAGAAAGAGAUGCACUGAGGGAUUGGUGAAAACACUCAAGGAUAUUGCGAACAGUCCAUAUGCUCCUGAGUAUGACAUUGCUGGCAUUACAGACCCUUUCCUCCACAUUAGAUUGCUUAGACUCUUGCGUGUCUUGGGUCAAGGAGAUGCUGACGCCAGUGACUGUAUGAAUGACAUACUUGCUCAGGUGGCAACAAAAACAGAGUCAAACAAAAAUGCUGGGAAUGCUAUUCUCUAUGAAUGUGUAGAAACUAUAAUGAGCAUUGAAGACAAUGGUGGGUUACGCGUACUAGCCAUCAAUAUCUUGGGAAGAUUUUUAUCAAACCGUGACAAUAAUAUUAGAUAUGUUGCAUUGAAUAUGCUGAUGAAAGCUAUGUCAGUGGAUACUCAAGCAGUGCAAAGACACCGCGCAACAAUUUUGGAAUGUGUCAAGGAUUCAGAUGCUUCUAUUCGGAAAAGGGCUCUUGAACUUGUUUAUCUGUUAGUGAACGAGACCAAUGUGAAGCCGCUAACCAAAGAGCUUAUUGACUAUCUUGAAGUUAGUGAAUUGGAAUUUAAAGGAGACCUUACUGCCAAAAUCUGCUCCAUUGUUGAAAAGUUUUCUCCGGAGAAAAUUUGGUAUAUAGAUCAAAUGCUGAAGGUUCUUUCAGAGGCGGGAAACUUCGUGAAAGAUGACGUUUGCCAUGCCUUAAUUGUAUUAAUAAGCAAUGCGUCUGAUCUCCAUGGUUAUACAGUUCGGGCAUUAUAUAGAGCAUUCCAGGCUUCAUCUGAACAGGAAAGUCUUGUUCGGGUUGCAGUUUGGUGUAUUGGAGAGUAUGGGGACUUGCUAGUUAACAAUGUUGGGAUGCUUGAUAUAGAGGAUCCGAUAACGGUAACAGAGUCUGAUGCUGUGGAUGUCGUUGAGACUGCUAUGAAGCGAGAUACCUCAGAUCUCACCACAAAAGCAAUGGCUCUGAUUGCCCUGUUGAAACUCUCUUCCCGUUUCCCAUCUUGUUCAGAGAGGAUUAGGGAGAUAAUUGUUCAACAUAAAGGAAACUUUGUGCUUGAAUUGCAGCAAAGAUCCAUUGAGUUCAACUCUGUACUUGAGAAGCACAAAAACAUUAGGUCUGCUUUGGUUGAAAGAAUGCCAGUUCUGGAUGAAGCAACUUUCAGUGGAAGGAAGGCAGGUUCUAUGGCAUUAACUGUUUCAGCCUCCCCAGCAUCUUCCCUCAAAGUUCCAAAUGGAACCGCCAAACCUCUUGCCGCUCCUCUGGUAGAUCUGCUCGAUCUAAGCUCAGAUGAUGCCCCUGCACCUAGCUCUUCCGGCGGAGAUUUCCUUCAAGAUCUUCUUGGAGUUGAUCUGGCGCCAGCUUCCACGCCAUCAAGUACAAGUCUGGCUACAAAAGCUGGGGCAGAUGCUCUGUUGGAUCUGCUGUCUAUUGGAUCAACUCCUGUACCUAGCAGCUCACCUGCAGUGGACAUAUUCUCCCUUACUGAGGACAAAAAACCACCGGUCACCACCACACUCGAUGGGCUCUCUUCACCUUCUGCACCACCACCUCAUGCUGCCUCUCAGCCUGCAGCUGCUCCUAUUCUGGAUUUGUUGGACGGACUCAGCUCCAGCCCACCAGCUCCUGUAGACAAUGGUACAUCCCCAGCAUAUCCGUCAAUUGUUGCAUUUGAGAGCAGUUAUCUGCGAAUAAACUUCUCCUUUACGAAGCCAACGGGAAAUCUUCAGGCGACGGAGAUCCAGGCGACUUUUACCAAUUUGUCUCAAAAUGUCUAUACAGACUUUAUUUUUCAGGCAGCAGUUCCAAAGUUUCUUCAGCUACACUUGGAUCCAGCAAGCGGCAAUACUCUAUCUGCAGGUGGUAAUGAGUCCAUCAAGCAGACUCUGAGAAUUACCAACAGCCAGCACGGGAAGAAAUCCCUUGUCAUGCGUAUAAGAAUAACUUAUAAGAUGAAUGGCAAAGACAUGUUGGAGGAGGGACAAAUCAACAACUUCCCACGUGAAUUGUGAACAUGAACGGUCAGUGUUCAGAGAUAAGAAAUCAAGCUCACCACGAGGGAGGCCUUAGAUUCUCUUCGCCGCCGAUCAAUCUUCAGAGAAACCUCUAGUCUCACUGUUUGUAGAAUUUAGUGCAGGCGAUCUUUUGUCCGAUUCUUGUGUUAUGGGGUGGCGUUUUCCGCAUAUUUGGUUGAGGACCCAGUUUUAUCGAGUUUUCUCGAAGCCCUCCCCCUCUUUUCUUUCUUUCUGGAGAUUUUUCGUAACGAGUUUCUUUCCCUGAAUUAGGGUGUCAUUGCUUUGUGUUCUUCAGUGUACAUUAUUACGGAAAAGGAAAUAUAUGAUCUGUACAAAUACGCGGGGACUGAAUUUUUGCCUGUGAGACGCAGAGAGAUGGGGGAUCUUGUUGAGUCAUAUUAUAUGUUUGGGAUCUCAUUUGAGUUUGGCUUCUCAAACACCAUUAUUUA